AUUAAAGGAAGUAAAGAUAGGGAGGGCCAACAGGAGCCGUCUUUUCGAACAUCCUUUUUGACCGUGUUCGGCAGUGUUCGAUUAAAUUCGGCAACGUUCGGUGGUGCUCGGUGGGGUUCGGAACCGCUCUUAACUCGUGCUCACGGACGUUCGGCUCAGUCGUCGACGCGCGCUUCUUUCGUAAACAUCAAGUGUCACGCUUGUCGUGUGUUCCUUGUCUUUGCUUCUGGAAGCUUGAAUCAAGAGGAAGGAUCGUACAUCAGUGAGAGUCUCUUAGCUACGUUAUCACAAAAAGGAUGUUCGGAACUACGAGAUUACAUCUUCUGAGUGGUAGUCUCUUGAUCAUUUCCACUGGCAUUCUUGCGAUUGGCGCCGAGGAUGCUCCACCGUCCUUCGAGACCGUCCAUACCAGUAACGCAGCUAUCUUGAACCGUCUUGGCUUGGCACCCCUUCAAAUCCCUGAUGGACAUCACAAGAAACGUUUAGCCGGUCCCGAACCGCCUGGACUGAAUUCCCAGACACGAAUUCAUCAACCGUACAGUCGUCGACACGGUCAUCGGGACAGUCAUAUUUACAUCGUCAAACUACCAGCCAGUCCGCCGUACUACACGAUCACAAAGCCUCACAAAACGUCGAAGGAUGAAAAAGUAAUUAAAACGGGACCGAAUCUUCCGGUUGGUUUUCAUGGUAACGGCAAGCCAGCGAAGAUCUAUCAUUGGAACUUACCUCUGGUGAAGAAGAUUACGGAAAAGAAGAGACUCCAAGCACAAUUACGAAUGGACCAGGCUAGGAAGAAGUUGGAGGAAAGCAAAAAACAUCAGCAAUCCGAAUCGAUUUCUAUUGAUAGAGCCAAUUCCGUUUUAGACAAUACCCAUCGCCAAGACACCGAGAAAAAGAGAAUUAUGCAUAAGAUUUUACCAUCUAAGCAUAUAAGAAACAAUGAUAAAAGAUUAAAUUAUCCCGAAAUAAUCGAUAAGAAAUCAGAUUCAGCCAAGAAAACCAUGAAUAGUUUAUCGACGAAGACUUACAGGCUCGACGAUUCGAAUAUGCAUAGAAUUCAUUUGACCAACGAACUUCACGGCUCAAGAAACACCUUGCCGAAGGUAAAGAAACACCGGAAGAAGGCAGCCAUGUCUUAUUAUGCGCCAAUCACAAGCAAGACAGGCUCUACCAGCAUCCACAAGAAUUUCUCCGGAAAUGGCAAGCCUAAAGCGUUCUACGUAAUAGAGAAGAGUCGUAAACCCGUCUACUAUCAUCCCCUGCUGCCUUAAUCUCCAAAAACGUUCUUCGCAAAGUCAUGCACAAUCCAUGAACGACCUAAGGAAUCUGUUAACUUUAGUAGAUUCCUCUUCGCCACUUUGCUACUUUGGUUAAACAGAAUCACGAAUGGUCGUUUGUUCGAUAACAGGAAAAAGAAUGAGAGAGAGAGAGAGACAGACAGAGAGAGAGAGAGAGACUUAGACUAUGACCUCCGUAUCGACGUGUGGUCAAUCAUUAUUCAAGGUCACGCGUAUCCUACAAACCGUUCCAUUUCUAUCACAGUUGUUAGAACACAUUAGGUUUAGGUCGAAGACGUUUCUCUCUUCGGCGAAUGGAGCUUAUGUUUAAGAUAGAUUAGGUUUAACUUACGUGCAUAAAACGGUGCGUCCGUUCGAGUAUCGGAUCGAUCGAUUAUAACUUAAGUUCAAUUAUUUUAAAUAUCUUUUCACAUACUUCUUAAUCUUCCCUAUAAUUGUAUAACUUUGAUCGAACUAAGAUAGGCGAUUGGAACGAUUGAAAAGAUAAGAACAGAAGCAAGAUCGGAAAGAAAGUUUUUUAUCGUGUCCAUAAAAAUCGAUCGGUCUUGAAAACUUAUCAAACGCACCAAGUAAAUCGACCUUACGACCUUAUUUCGACGUCGACUAAUAGUUCUGCGUUGGGAUAAGGUCGAACGGUGAUGUUUCUUCUUUUCAGUAAGAAAAUAUCAAAGCUCACUUUCUCGUUACUAGAUUAACGCUGUAUAAUUAUAUUUUUCUAAGUAUAACGGAUACUUUUUUAUAGCCUCGCUCGUCUGCGAACGAUCUCUUGAUUGAAAAUAAAAAAUCUAUCAUGAAGAAAUCGCACGUAUGGACGAUGCCUCGAUAAAGACUGGACAAUAUAUUUCUUCGUGGAAGGUAUGCACGUCUUUUUCUAUCGAUCGUCGGAUCGCGCAAGGAUCUUUCAUUAUACUGGUUUUGCUAUCGAAUCGCAAGAAGAGAGCGACACGAGAUCGCAUUUUUUUAUAUUCUUAUAUAGACGUACGAAGAUAAGAGAGAUGGACACAUACACACACACACACAUAUUAUAUAUACAUACGAAAUACAUACAUACAUAUAUACAUAUAUAUGUAUGUAUGUAUACAUGCCGUACCUACAACAUACAUAUAUAUGUAUAUAUGUCUACAUGCCGUAGAGAAGCAGUUUAAUACAAACGAGCCACGUCGUGUGAGAGAAACAACAUACUAUGUAUUUACAUUGACCAACAAUUUUUCUUCUCCUCUCACGAUAAAGUUCGAAUAUAAUACGUAUCUAUCUACAUAUGAUGUUACUAUCGAGAUAAAACAUUAAUACGAUCGUUGGCUCGUUUUCCGUUUUCUAUCGCGUUGAUGGGUGCAAUCCAUUAUUUCGCGUUACGUUGUACUUGUAUAUCCCUAGUAAUAGUGGACAUUAUUUCGACUGGUUACUUAUUAAUAGGCAUACCUAUUUUUCUAUCUACGUAUUUUUAAUUUAUAUCGAUUAGUCAACUGUACGUAAAUACUAUACUACGUUUAUGGGAAUUUUCGAUUUAUUUGUUAACACGAUGAAAAUUAUUAUUAUCAUUAUUAUUAUUAUUAUUAUUUUUAUUAUUUUUAUUAUUAUUAUUAUUAUUAUUAUUAUUAUUAUUAUUAUUAUUAUUAUUAUUAAUUUUCAAAUGCUCCAAACUAUUAGUACGAAUGAGUAAGUACAUAUAGUGUUAUGUAAUGACACACAUACGUACACGAGCGUACACACAAAUACACAGUUAAUAUUAAAAAAUAAUAUCGUAUUAUCAACUGUAUGACGAUGAUCGUCUUUGUAUUCAAAACGAAAAGAAAACUUUGGCUAUGCAUCAUAAUUAAAGAGAAUUGUAGAAAUCUUA